CCAGCCGCUUCGUUUGCCGGAUUAGACGGACGGUUGUUGCGCCGUGUGAUCCCACUUAAUCGUUUCCAUACAUCAAAGCGCCUGCUGCGUAGCCCGGAUCGCCGCGGGGGACUAUACGGCCAGCUGUGCUGUGGGAGACGUCACAUCUGUCCCGACCGCUGUCGGAUGCUGUAACGCGUGAUCAGCCUGUGGAUGCUCGACGGCCGUCGGGAGACGCAAUGCUGCACCGGGUACCGAGCAGCAGGCACGGCGCGUGUGCGAUCGAAUGAAUUGCAAGAAAUCCAUUUAGCUGUCGGGGUACUUUCCGCUGACGGACGGUUCGGGGUGGUCCUUCUCCCGAGCACUCUGCUUCCUGUCUUCUCUUGGAUUGUGGAUAACGAGAAGCCUUCAAGACGGAGGGGGUGGUGGAGCAUCGAGGAAAAAACAGGGGCAACAUGAGGGAGCGGGACUUCAUGCCCAAUAUGGAGAGGGGCAAACCGGCUACUUAUACGGGGGACAAAAAGGCCAAGAUGGCUGCGAAGACCAACAAGAACUUGAUCUGGAAACCGACCAGCGCGUCCUCAUCCGCGGGGAAGCCAGUGCCCGGAGAGGUCCCCCCCACCGCGGACAUCUCAACUAAUAAUUCCAAAGGCAACAACGGGUCCGAGUGGAACUCCACGCAGACCGGCCUGUCUUCUGUCAACCUGAGCAGGCAGGUCAACACCCCGCACAGUCACGCGUUCCAAUGGGACGACCGAGCCGAGAGCGGCCCCGUGUCCGGAGCAGAGGUUGCGCACUCGCGGCAGGAGGGGGGACUCCACGCGUCCCCCGACGGGAGAACGGAGAGGCAGACGCACGUGUGGCAAACCGGCGAGAGCCGCGACCCCCCGCCGAGCACCGAGGGGGAAGAGACGAGGGCGCGCGGACCGGGCGACGGGGCCGUGGGCCGGAGCGACCCCGAGCAGGCGGCUCCAGAUGCUGCCGCCGUUCCUUCAGCGUCGGAGGCGAGCCGGGCCGGGCCGGGAGGGGAUUGAUCGGGCCUCUCGCCCCCCCCCAUCCCCCUUCCAACACAGAAACUCACCCUUCGAGGAGGGGUCAGAAUCAGUGCCGCGGGUCGGAUUGCACGCAGGUCUUCACUUUUGGACUCGUUUCGCGGGAGCCUCGUGGAUGCGUAACUGCUGACGUCUUGCUCUGGAAACGAGGAGACGUCGCUUCUUUCGAUGAACAGUUUCCCUACACUAUGCGUUUUUUUUAGUUUAGUUUUAUUUUAUUUUAGGCCAUUUGAAUGCCUUAAAUCAACGCGUGUCUACUUUAAGUCGGACACUAAGCUGCGCGCGCGCGCGUGGGAAACACUGGUAAAAGACGCGCGCUCCACGGAUGCGUUUGCUUUUGCGGCACAGCAGUGUUUCUCACGGGCUCACGGCCCUAAACGUCACUGCCACUCAUCAGCUAGUCUAAAUCCACACGGAACCUUCUAGUUCUAACGUAGAGGCUGUACUGUCUUUUUCAUGGAUCAAAUCCGGAUGUUGCGUGGAAGAAGCUCCAUUAUUGAGUUAUGCUCAGGUAUGUGCAUAUAACCAUGUAAAUGUGUUGUGUAUUUGGUUGUGCGGCGCCCAUACAUCUUUUGAGCCUUGAUGAACUGUUGGUGUAAGUAGAGGAUUUUUAUUAUAGGUGCAAUAUGUACAACUAUAUCACAAGGUACAAAUAAACAUCCUUAGAAAAUGAUUCAUGUAGUUUUGUAAUAGAUCUGUGUAAAUAAUGACUUCAUUGCUGACAUAUGGGACGUAACUUGUGUUAUUCAGAAACCACAAUAGAUAAUAUACAUUCAAAUAAAAGUUUUUCAAAAAACGAAA